AUGAUCGAGCUUGGCCUCUCCCGCAUUUCCCGUCUCGUCCAGCAGUCGCCGCUGCUGUGGAAAGCCGUCCAUGUCGCUGGCACCAACGGUAAGGGUUCCAUCACCGCCUAUGUAUCCGGCCUGCUAGCUGCCGGCGGCGUUCGUUGCGGCCGUUUCACCUCGCCCCAUCUGAUCAAUCGCUGGGACUGCAUCACGAUCGAUGAAGAGGCCGUUCAGGAGUCCCUUUUUCGGCAGGUCGAAGAUCAGGUGAAACAGCGGGACAAACAGCUUGGCUUGGGGGCGACUGAGUUUGAGCUCCUCACAGCGACAGCCUUCGAGAUCUUCAACCGCGAGCGCGUCGAAGUCGGGGUCGUGGAGGUUGGCAUGGGUGGUCGCCUAGAUGCGACGAAUAUCCUGUCCAAUGUUCUGGUGUCUGUUAUCUCCAAGAUCGGGCUCGACCAUGAAGCAUUCUUGGGCAACUCAAUCAAGGCGAUCGCCCGCGAAAAGGCGGGCAUCUUGAAGAGUGGCGUCCCCUGUGUCAUCGAUGGGACCAAUUCAUCGGAAGUGCUUGAUGUGCUGCAAUCUCGGAUCCGAGAGUUAGGGAUCGAUGCGGUGGUUGCACACCCCGAGACGAUAGAUCAGCGUAUACCUGAGCUGGCUCGUCUCUUCAAGGAGCUGGAUCUCGAGCCCCAUCAGAAGGCAAACAUGAGCUGCGCCGUGAUAGCGCUGCAGAAGGCUCUGGAACAGAUCCGUCCAGAAAAGAAGGUGGAGGACUUGCUUCCAACUCUCUCACAGAUACGCUGGCCUGGCCGUCUCCAGCAGAUCUCCUUGAGGCCUCUUGUGGCACGCGAGGAACCGGUCUUGCUUGACGGGGCUCACAACGGCCAGUCGGCGGACGUACUCGGCAAAUACGUCGACCGGAGGCUACGCCAGUCCGGACGGAGCGUGACCUGGAUUGUUGCCGCUUCCCAUGGCAAGGAUAUAUCUGAAAUCUUUGAGCCCUUGAUCCGGCCCGGAGACAGCGUGGCGGUCGUAGCAUUUGGGCCCGUGGAUGGGAUGCCAUGGAUAAAAGCAACUGACACCGCUCAUCUCUCUAAGCACAUUCAGUCGACCCAGGGUGUUUCUGCAGUGAAGGAUUUCGAUGCAGACCUGUUAGGCGCGAUGAACUGGGCGUCCACCGUUGCAGAUGGGGGCCCUCUAGUGAUCGCCGGCAGCCUGUACCUGGUUUCUGAUGUUCUCCGCCUGCUGGGUGACAAGCGCCCAGCGCUGUAG